AUGCUCAGAUGUUCCAGACUAUCCCUGUCCAGACUGGAAGCUGCAGAGUCUGUUUUGGACCAGGCGCCAGUCGUCGCACAGCUUGCUGCGGAGGGGGCUCAGAGGUCCGAUGCCCACCUCAACACUGUGGCCGGAGCAUUGACGGAUCUGCUGAAGAGCAGCGACAAGAGCGCUGCCAGCUCUCUCUCCAGCAUCGCGCAGGUGUCGAACACCUCGGCCAUCGUGGACACCAUCAAAGACUUGUUGAACACCACCAUGAAAGGACGGCUUCUCACUGCGCACAAGAACAGCCUGGCUGCGAUUGCGGACUCCAAGAAGCUCUUUGUCGACUGCCGCGAGACGUAUCAGGCUGCUGAUCAUGUUCGCUUUCCUCCAGCAUCUCUCCUGCAGACAGUCAACGCGACACCGUGGUACGAGGAGUUCUUCCAGGCCUACUCCCAGUGCAAGCAAUGGGAGGCACAGAUUGGACAGGACAUGACUGCUUGUGACUACCACUGCACCUCGGAGGUGAAGGUCGUCGGGGAGGAUUGCACCUUUCUUGGUGAUCAGUGCGGUCCUCUCGACUGUGCGCCGGUCACCGGCGAAGGCUACAAGUCUUUCCUUGAACGAAUGAUCAAGGACGACAUCAAGACACACCUAGACUUCUUGGUGUGGGAGCGCUACAACGAGACCCAUGGAUGCAACGAUAUCUGGGGAACUGCAGAGCGCUGCUUCAAGAACUGCGACGGCCACGUCAUGGAAAUUCAAGAUCUGGUACCGCACAAGUCCACCGACAUUCCAGGCUGCUGCGCUCCGCGCACCCAGGCUGAGGAUGCGAAGUGCCAGGAGCUCAAGUCGCAGCGAGUGGCCUGGCAGACCUACGACCAAUGCUAUGACGCGGCCCUGCCACAGUGGGAAACCACCAAGGAGGAGCAGAUGGCAGAGGCCGACUCUCGCAAGGCGCAGAUGCGAUCCAUCCUGAGAAUGCUGUGCUACGUGAGCUCCUUCGGGCCGAACCAGGCCGCGCUGCUGACGCAGUGUAUGGAGAAGGACUUCAAGCAGGAUCCAGAUGUGCUGGCUAUGAACAUUGAUCUAGGGACGCCAGAGACCAAGUUGGACGCCUUCAGCUGCAACUCGAGUGAAACUCCUGGAACUGCAGAGUUUGAUGCAGUCCACUAUGGCAACCUCCCGGCUGGGCUUGCAACCUGCCCACAGCUGCACUGCGAGGAAGCUUGCAAUGGCGAGGUCAACAUCUCUUCCGUGCAAAUUCUCAGUGCUACCACGGCAUCUCCUCUUCCCGAGAUGACUACGGCAUCGACCAAGUGCUUCAAGAAAGCAGGCGGUGCUGAUGCCGUGUAUUGGGACCUUGGCUCGAAGCAGGCGGUUGGUGCGGUGUUCGCCGAUCCGUCUGAUGAUGUCUCUAGCAUCAAGGUGUAUCUCACCAAUUCGGAACAUGGCACUGCCCUACCGACUGCAGAGCUCUGUGGUACGAUCACCGAGGAGUCCAAGACGGUGGAUUGUGGAGCCAGAUCUGGUGCCCGAUACCUUGUGAUGCAACCGUUCAUCACUGGCACCUGCGUGUUCGGCGGCUGCACUCCAAGUUGGUGCCUCAUGACCGUGGAUGGCAGCAACAUGACACAGGACCCAAUAUCCACGACUGGUUCCUCCUUCAUGGGCCAGGUCGUGGUCAAUGCCACGGCCUAG